AACGCUCUUUCUUUUGGACAGUAAGAAGAAAAAUGGAGAGACAUUGUGUGUUUAUUGCCACCAUUUUGCUAUUACUUCAUCUUGUUCAAGCUCAAAAUCAAACUGGAUUCAUUAGUGUGGAUUGUGGUUUAUCCCCUCUUGAGUCUCCUUACGAUGCCCCACAAACGGGUUUAACAUAUACAUCAGAUGCCGAUUUAGUAAACAGUGGGAAAACCGGUAGACUCGCCAAGGAAUACGAACCGUUCGUUGAUAAGCCGACUUUGACACUGAGAUACUUUCCCGAGGGAGUAAGAAACUGCUACAAUCUAAAUGUCACCCGCGACACCAACUAUUUGAUUAAGGCCACAUUUUUAUAUGGAAAUUACGAUGGUCUUAAUGUUGGGCCAAACUUCAACCUUUACCUCGGUCCGAAUUUGUGGACAACGGUGAGUAGCAAUGACACUAUAGAGGAGAUCAUCCAUGUGACCAAAUCCAACUCUUUACAGGUUUGUCUUGUUAAGACGGGAAUAAGUAUACCUUUUAUAAAUAUGUUGGAGCUACGACCAAUGAAGAAAAAUAUGUACGUUACUCAAAGCGGUUCACUGAAGUAUUUAUUCAGGGGGUACAUUAGCAACUCAAGUACUCGUAUAAGGUUCCCGGAUGAUGUCUAUGACCGUAAAUGGUACCCACUCUUCGACGACUCAUGGACACAAGUAACAACGAAUCUCAAAGUAAACACAAGUAUUAUUUAUGAACUACCGCAAAGUGUAAUGUCAAAAGCCGCAACGCCAAUUAAGGCUAACGAGACCUUGAACAUUACAUGGACAGUAGAGCCUCCUACAACACAGUUUUACUCUUACAUACACAUUGCAGAGCUUCAGACUCUAAGGGCUAACGAUACAAGGGAAUUCAAUGUGACACUAAAUGGAGAAUAUAGUUUUGGACCUUUUAGUCCUAUACCUCUAAAAACCGCAUCCAUAGUCGACUUAAGCCCAGAGCAAUGCGAUGGAGGGAGAUGCAUUUUGCAGGUUGUGAAGACACUGAAAUCUACCCUUCCUCCUUUACUUAAUGCUAUCGAGGCUUUCACCGUGAUUGAUUUCCCGCAGAUGGAGACAAAUGGAGAUGAUGUUGCUGCUAUCAAGAAUGUUCAAGAUACUUAUGGACUGAGUAAAAUUAGUUGGCAAGGAGAUCCAUGUGUCCCCAAACAGUUUUUGUGGGAUGGUCUAAACUGCAACAAUUCGGAUAAUUCUACGCCACCAAUAAUCACUUCCUUAGACUUAUCUUCAAGUGGACUAACUGGGAUCAUCACCAAAGCCAUUCAGAAUCUAACUCACCUGCAAGAACUGGACUUGUCAGAUAACAAUUUGACUGGAGAAAUACCUGAAUUUUUAGGGGACAUAAAAUCACUCUUGGUCAUAAACUUAAGUGGAAAUAAUCUCAGUGGCUCAGUUCCUUCCUCACUUCUUCAGAAGAAAGGAAUGAAGUUAAAUAUCGAAGGCAACCCUCAUCUUCUUUGCACAACGGGUUCGUGUGACAACAAAGAAGAGGAUGGACAUAAGAAAAAGAGCAUUAUAGUGCCAGUUGUCGCUACAAUUGCUUCAAUAGCUGUUCUUAUAGGGCCACCACCAUCUUAUAUGCAAGCAUCAUCUGAACCGGCAAUAGUGACGAAAAAUAGAAGGUUUACUUACUCACAAGUUGUGAUAAUGACAAAUAACUUUCAAAGAAUCCUUGGGAAAGGAGGGUUUGGAAUUGUUUAUCAUGGUUUCGUGAACGGUACAGAACAAGUAGCUGUUAAGAUACUCUCCCAUUCAUCAUCUCAAGGAUAUAAACAAUUCAAAGCUGAGGAUGAAAAAGGAUUCAUCAAUUUGGAUUGCGGUCUGUCCCUCAAGGAAUCUCCUUACAAGGAUUCCACGCUUGAAUUAACAUAUACGUCAGAUGAUGGUUAUGUCCGGGGUGGGAAAACUGCUCAAAUCGAGAAGAAUCAUAGGUUUGCCCUCUAUGAGUCAUCUUCAAAACUGAGAUACUUUCCAGACGGAAUCCGAAACUGCUACAAUUUGAAUGUCACACGGGGCAUGAACUAUCUAAUUAGGGCUAUGUUCGUAUAUGGAAACUACGAUGGUCAUAACGUUCCUCCAAACUUUGAUCUGUACAUUGGCCCAAAUAAGUGGGCAACAGUGAAGGAUGUUCUCGCAUUCGAGGAGCUCAUCCACGUUGCUAGAUCCAACUCUUUGCAGGUAUGUCUUGUUAAGACAGGGACAACAACGCCAAUGAUAAAUUCCUUGGAACUACGACCACUGAGAAACAAUAUGUAUACUAGUGAAACCGGCUCAUUUAGGAACAUGAUUAGGCACCCAGAAGAUGUCCAUGAUCGUAUGUGGCUCAACGACGACGUCAAGGAAGAGUGGGCGCUAAUAAAUACUACUCUGAGUAUAAAUACUUCUACUGGUUACGAUAUCCCACAAGCUGUAAUGGCCAAUGCCAUAACUCCGAAGAAGGCUAGCACACUGCUUAAUUUUUCUUUUGAGACUGGGGAUCCUAGUUUAGAGAUUUACCUCUACAUGCACUUCGCGGAACUUCAGCCUCAAACAAGCGAUGAUCAAAGACAAUUUUUUAUUUUUUUUAAUGGAGAAUUAAUUAACGGACCUUACACUCCUUCACCUUUAACAGCCAAAACUUUAUACGACCCAACGCCAAGAAAAUGCAAGGAAGGGAAAUGUCUUCUACAACUUAACGGAAUGGGGGGUCCAAUUCCGCCUAUGAUUAACGCUUUGGAGGUCUACGCUUUGAUAAAUCACUCAAAACUCGAAACUAAUCAAGAUGAUGUUUUGGCUAUCAAGAAUAUCCAAUCUACUUAUCGAUUAAGUAGAAUCAACUGGGAAGGAGAUCCAUGUGUCCCCAGCCAAUUUUUAUGGGAAGGUCUAAAAUGCUAUAGCUUCGAUAAUUCUACUCCACCUAUAGUCAUUUUCUUAAACCUGUCUUCAAGUGCAUUGACUGGGAUUAUUGCACCUAGCAUUCUGAAUCUCACCCAUCUACAAGAACUAAAUUUAAGUAGGAACAAUCUCAAUGGUCCAGUUCCCAAAAAGCUAAUACAGAAGAAAGGAUUGAAGUUGAAUGUUGGAGGAAAUCCAGAGAUUGUUUGCACAACUGGAUCAUGCGUAAGCGGAUCCAAAGAGGGUGGGCAUCAGAAAAACAAAAUUAUACUAUCCAUUUCCGCAGCAGUUGCUUUAGUGGUUAUUCUCAUAGUUGCACCGAUUCUAUUUUGUGUUCUCAUUAAAAAGAAAAAGCCACCAAGUGAUGAAGAGCCAACAUCAUGCAUGCUAAACACGGAUGGUAGAUCAACUAGGUCAUCCGAACCGACAAUAAUGACAAAAAAUAAAAGGUUUACGUACUCUGAAGUUGUGAAGAUGACAAAUAACUUCCAGCGAAUCCUUGGGAAAGGAGGGUUUGGAAUCGUCUAUUAUGGGUCGGUGAAUGAUACAGAAGAAGUCGCUGUUAAAAUGCUCUCACAUUCUUCGUCUCAAGGAUAUAAACAAUUCAAAGCUGAGUCGUCAAGUAGGAAAAUGCAGAGAUGUUGUGUGUUCUUUGUGACUUUUUUCCUUAUACUACAUCUUGUUCAAGCUCAAGAUCCAAUAGGAUUCAUCAAUAUGGAUUGUGGUUUGUCCAUCCAAGCCUCUCCUUAUAAAGAAUCCUCGACCGGUUUAACAUAUACAUCAGACGACGGUUUCGUCCAGGGUGGGAAAAUUGGUAGAAUCACCAAGGAACUCGAGUCGUUAUACAAUAAACCGGAGUGGACGCUUAGAUACUUCCCUGAUGGAGUACGGAAUUGUUACAGUGUGAAUGUCACACGGGGUACGAAGUAUUUAAUUAAGCCUUCCUUUGUCUAUGGAAACUAUGAUGGUCUUAAUGUCAUCCCGGAUUUUGAUCUUUACAUCGGCCCAAAUUUGUGGAUGACGGUGAACAGUGCUGACACUAUCAAGGAGAUCCUCCACGUAUCGAAAUCAAACUCUUUGCAGGUGUGUCUUGUUAAGACAGGAACAAGUAUACCUUUUAUAAAUACAUUGGAACUUAGACCAUUGGCCGACGAUAUAUACACCACCGAAAGUGGCUCCCUCAACUAUCUUUUUCGGGUUUAUUAUAGCAAUUUAAAGGGCUAUAUAGAGUACCCCGAUGAUGUCUACGAUCGCAUAUGGAACCAAAUCUCACCUGAUCAAGAUUGGCAGAUUUUAACUACGAAUCUCCAAAUAAACGCUUCUAAUGAUUAUGAUCUACCACAACGUGUAAUCAAAACAGCUGUAACACCCAUUAAAGCUAGCACAACGACGAUGGAAUUUACCUGGAAGUUAAAGCCUCCAACUUCACAGUUUUACUUAUUCCUUCACUUUGCAGAGCUUGAAAGCCUCCAAGCCAACGAAACAAGGGAAUUCAAUGUGAUGUUGAACGGAAAUGUUACAUUUGAAUCUUAUAGUCCUAAGUUUCUACAAAUGCAAACCGUAUAUAGCCGAGCACCAAAGAAAUGCGAUGGAGGGGAAUGCUUGUUGCGGUUAGUGAAAACGUCAAAGUCAACUUUACCUCCUCUAAUUAAUGCUAUUGAGGCUUUCACUGUGCUUGAUUUCUCACAGUUGGAAACAAAUGGAGAUGAAGUGGUGGCUAUCAAAAAUAUUCAAUCUACCUAUGGAUUGAGUAAAAUCAACUGGCAAGGAGAUCCAUGUGUCCCCAAACUGUUCUUGUGGGAUGGUUUAAACUGCAACAACUCAGAUGCUUCUAUACCACCGAUUAUCACUUCCUUGGACUUGUCAAAUAACAACUUGAUUGGAGGUGUUCCUGAAUUUCUAGCCGAUAUGAAAUCGCUCUUGGUCAUAAACUUAAGUGGGAACAAUCUUAGUGGCUUAGUUCCUCAAAAGCUUCUAGAGAAGAAAAUGUUGAAAUUGAAGUAAGAAUUUGUAUAUUGUAUUUAUUCGAUAUUGACAUGUUUUCUAUGAUAAACUAAUUUUUUUUGA